AUGACAAGGUUAUUAUCUCUUUCAAUUAUUUUAUGCACACUGGUUGUGUCAACUUCGACGAUUGUCCUCUCCACCGCCACACCAUGGCCUACUGCACCACCUGUUCGUGUUUGUGGAAACAAUACAAUCUUGGGUAAAGGUCCAGCCACGGCCCCCACCGGUGCAAUAAUCGUUCCAGCUGGCAACAACACUGGAUUUGAUUGGGAUCGCGCUGGCAAGACAUUCUGGUUCGCACCCGGAGUUCAUCACUUGGCCGACAGCAUCUACUCCCAGAUCAUUCCUGCCUCCAACACUAUCUUUAUCGGUGCACCAGGUGCCAUCCUUGACGGCCGAAACAAGAAUCUUUACGCAUUCACCCAGCGAGCAGGCAACGUUACAAUCCGAUACCUCGAGAUCCGCAACUUUGGCCUGGGUCAGUCAAACAAUGAUGAGGGUGUGGUCAACCAUGAUGCUGGCUGGAACUGGACAGUGGAGUACAACUACCUACAUGACAACGAUGGUGCAGCUCUCUUCCUUGGCUCAAACUCUGUGACACGUUACAACUGUCUCAAGAACAAUGGCCAGUAUGGCUUCAGCUCAGUGGCCCCAGAGGGUAUUUACAAUGUAUUGUUCGAGUACAACGAGGUCGUAGGAAACAAUCAAGACGACUGGGAGUCACUACGCGAGUUCUGUGGAUGUACUGGUGGAGGCAAGUUCUGGGAGGCACAUGGCGUCGUAAUCCAACAUAAUUGGAUACAUCAUAACUUGGGUCCUGGAAUAUGGGCAGACAAUAACAACGCGGACUUUUUGAUUCAGAACAACUACAUUGAGGAGAAUGAUGCCAGUGCCAUUAUGUACGAGGUGAGCUACAACUUCCGUAUUGUCAACAACACAUUCAAACGUAAUGCCCUCAAGAAUGGACGAGCCCGUCAAGACUCCUUCCCAGAGUCCGCCAUCUACUUGUCCGAGUCUGGUGGUGAUGCUCGUGCCUCAUCAAAGUACGUCAUCUCAGACAUUGCCUACAACUUGUUUGAGGACAACUGGGAUGGUGUGACAUUAUGGGAGAAUGCCGAUCGAUUCUGUCGUCCAAACGAGACCUUUGACACAACCAACGGUUGUCCAUUCUUUAACCAAACUUGGGGCACUCGUUACAAGACCCAGAAUGUCAAGAUCCAUCAUAACAACUUCACAUUCAGUCGUGAGCGUGUAAAUUGCACAGUUAGUUAUUGUGGCCGCAAUGCUAUCUUCUCCAACUAUGGUUCAUACCCUGCCAACUCGCCAUACUUGGACGAUGUUAUCAUCAAGGCGAUCAACUUUAAUCAGAACAAUACAUGGUACAACAACACAUAUCUUGGUCAAUGGCACUUCAUGCCAAUGGAUGCCAGCUAUGAUGUCAACACUGCCACCUGGCAGGGCGCCCCAUAUAACCAAGACCGAUUUAGUACCUUCAACGGUUCAUUCACGCCAACACCCACUCCAACUCAAUCCCAGACUCCAACUCCAACGCCAACACAGACCCCAACUCAAACUCCAACGCAGACCCCAACAUCCACACCAUCAGCCAACUUCCUCGAUGUUGAUUCAUCCACCUUGGAGGCGUCCAAGGGCAAGUGGGUCCCAUGGUUCAGCAGCACAGUAGCUCAAUCAACAGAGUCUGCUCACACUGGCACACACAGCUUAAAGGUGACCAUCACCGCUCCAUACUGGGGUGUCGAAGCUAACAACUGGCCAGGAUUCCCAGCUCAGUCCGGAACGAUCAACGUUAGCGCAUGGGUCAAGCUUGCAACUGGAUCAGGCGCAGUCCAGCCCACUGUUACCGUCCAAGCGAUCAACACCAACCAAGACCUUUUGGCAGAGUAUGACCUCAACCUCUACCCAGUGACUGCCACAUGGUCCAAGAAGCAAGGAUCAUUAGUUGCCCCAGCCGGAACAUCGCAUGUAGUCGUCAGAUUCUCUGGUGCUGAUGAUGCCGGAUCAUUCCUCCUUGAUGAUAUUAUCAUUGGCAGGUCAUAG